AUGACCACAUGCCUGAAAGUGGACUGGAAGCUCUUUAUGACAGGCAGCUUGGCAUCUGACCGGCUGGUGGAAGCCCAGAACCUCCACACGCAUGGAGAGGUGUCCCUGUGGAUGGACUCCAAGCGGAAGAACUUGUGGAUUCCGGUCAUGCAAAGUGUUGUGAGAGUCCUGGUGAUGAUCCAAGCGCUUGAAAACCCAAGGAGGAAGCGGGGGCGGCCCAGCGCCAGAGGCCGGGCCACAGAGUGCCGGGCAGCUGCUGCCUGGGCCACUCCUGACCAGGGACCCACAGGGACCAUGGAUCUCCUGCCUCUGCUGCUGCUUCUUGGCUGCCGCGGCUCCUCUGACACGGAGGCCCUCAGGAGGCCCAACAGCUGGAGGCCGGAGGGCCAGGCACACCCAGCUGGGCCAUGCACGGGAGGUGGCACUUGCGGUGCGGACGAGGUGUGUGUCUGGCCUGGCAUUUGCCGCUGCAAGCCGGGUUUCUUUGGGGCCAAUUGCACCGGACGCUGCCCUGGCCAAUUCUGGGGUCCGGACUGCAAGGAGAGGUGCCUUUGCGACCCCCACGGGACAUGUGACCCGGCCAGCGGGGCGUGCAGCUGCCUGCCCGGGCGCUGGGGGCCACUCUGCCAGCUUGCCUGCCCAUGCGACCCCCGCAGCAGCAGCAGCAGCUGUGACCCCCUCACUGGGGCCUGCCGUUGCCGGGUGGGCUGGUGGGCUCCAGACUGCCGGCGGCAGUGCCUGUGCAACCUGGCUGGCUCCCGCUGCGACCCGGGGACGGGGCAGUGCGCUUGCCACCGCGGUUGGUGGGGCAAGCGUUGCGCCUUUGCCUGCAGCUGCAAUGGUGCCCCCUGUGCCCAGGAGAGCGGCCGCUGCGAGUGUGGGCCAGGACUGUGGGGGGUGGCCUGCCACAACCCCUGCCGCUGCCUGCACGGGACCUGCGCCCCCCAGGACGGACGCUGCAGUUGCCACACAGGCUACCAAGGCGAGAGCUGCGCGGAGCCCUGCCCAGCUGGGCGGUACGGGCCUUACUGUGCACACAGCUGCGGCCACUGCAAGGACCAGCCGUCUUGCUCCCCAGUGAACGGCUCCUGCCCAGCCUGUGCCCCAGGCUGGAGUGGGACCCACUGCCAGCAGCCCUGCCCCCCCGGCCGCCACGGGGAGAACUGCAGCCAGCCCUGCCCUCGCUGCCGCCACGGGGAGACGUGUAGCCCAGAGACCGGGGAAUGCCGGGACUGUGAAGCCGGCCUCCGAGGGACCAGGUGUGAGCUGACCUGCCCCCCGGGGCUCUUUGGGGAUGGCUGCCAACUCCUCUGCCCGGACUGCUUCAAUGGGAGCUGCGACCCGGCGUCCGGGGCCUGCAAGUGCCAAGCUGGGUACUGGGGGCCCAGCUGCAAUCGGACCUGCCCGGAGGGUUUCCACGGGCCCAACUGCUCUGAGGCCUGCUGGUGCAUGGGGGCACUGUGCCACCCUGUCUCUGGGGUCUGCCGGCAGCCCACGUCGGGAAGCCCUCCUGGCCAGCAUCCUGACCCCACUGCUACUCCUGCUGUGCCUUGGCUGCUGCUGCUGCUGCUGCUGCUGCUGCUACUGCAGCAGCAGGGGGACUGCCCCCAGGGCCUCCGGGCAGCUGUGGUGCAGGGGAACUCAGUCACCCGGAUGAAGCACCGUGUGUUGGGGACACUGGCCGACCUCCGUUCUGCCUUGCCUUGCUUCUCCUUGGGGGGCUACAAAUUCCCAGGUAUCACAGUCUCCCACCACGACGCUGAGAUCCCCUUCAACCCCAGCUUCAUCGAGCCCCCUUCGGCCGCCUGGCCCUCUGACAGCUCUUUCAACACGGAUGAGGAGGAGGAGGAGGCGGGGCUGGCUUGCCCCCUCCCUGACAGUGAAGCCCCCGACACAGAGCUUCAGAUGGGCUUCCUGCCAGAGGUGUCAGCCUUGAACCCGGAGCCCUUUGCCAUCCCUCGCACCUCCAGCAUGGCCAAGACCAAGCGGCCCUCGGUGUCCUUUGCAGAAGGGACCCGGUUCAGCCCCCAAAGUCCCAGAAGCUCUGCAGAGGCCCUCACCCCACCCACGCGGAAGCCAAAGGCCUCUCGGGGCUCAGCUGCAGGCGACUCUCCCCAGCUGCACACCCUGGGCCCUGAGCAGGAGUCGAUCCUGCCCAACACACUGGCCAGCUCCUACGAGAAUGUGGAGGCUGGAUCCCAGGAGGAGGAGGAGGGGGGCAGGCCCCGGGCCCUUGAACGCAGCACCCCCGCCGGCCGCAGGAAGCGCAUGGCCAGCUCCCGGCACGUGGCCCAGAGGGUGGAAGUGCUGGAGGCAGCCACCAAAGGCCACAGCCACCAGCCCAGCAGCCUCACCACCAUCUACGUCACGGUGGGCAAGGCGGGAAGGGGAAGCAGUGAGGGGCCCGUGCAGGCCAUCCUGCACCGCCUGGGCAGCCUCCAGAGGGCCCAGCCAGUCUCCAAGGAGGAGCCCUGGCAGUGGAGAAGCCUAGAGGGCCUCCAGAAGCCACCAUGGAGGAUGCCAGGCGCCCAGAAGGACAGCAAGCGGCUGGUGGCCCUGGACCGGGCUGGCCUGGAGACCCCUGAGUCUGGCCCAGGGGAGGCAGAGGCCCAGGGCCUACUGGAAGGCCUGCCAGCUCCCAUGCAGGAGGAGGAGAAGGACGGAGAGCACAGUGGCGGCAGCAGCAGCCCCGAGUCCUGCCCAAGUCUCAGUCAGCCAGAGGCGGCAACGGGAGGGCUUGCCUCCGAGGAGGGACAGGAGCCCACGUAUGAAAAUGUUUCCAGCUGGUCCAGCUACCCAUAGCCAACGACAACACCCCCAGCAAUGCCCCUCCC